CUUGUCUUCUUGGAGGAGUUGAGUCCGCUUCACUCCAACACGCCUCUUUCCUCAUCCUGUCUGCUUAGUGUUUCGAUGAUCGCCACUAAUCCUCACGAUCUCCUUAGGGGCGCGUUCUCCGGUCAGCUGCUCGCUGCUGUGUGAGUCACUAUAGGGGACUUGUCCUCUCAUCAAGGUCCUAAAAUCCUCCGUGUAUUACAAUACUGCCAGCUUCUUCGGUAUUAUCACAAUACAGACCCGCGUCUACUUCUCUACCUUCCCAAGGGACUCCUUAUAUCUUAAGCUCGCAGUCUCAUUGUUAUGGUGAGUAUGAGGCUCGGACCAUGGUACUACUAUGGAUUCAAAGUGCUGCCUAGGGUCGUUCAAGGUCUCCUGGUUGCAUGCACGACGCAAGCUCUUUAUUGGUACCUUUUGAUUGCUUCAGCUAAGAAGAACGUCCUUCCACCUCUCACCUGGGAAAUGAUAAUGCAUCAGACUAUAACGGUUGUUGCUUCGGCAACUGUUCAAACGUUUUUCGCAUACCGCGUGUAUGUUUUGAGCACGAGCAUUAUGUUGGGGUGCUUGGUUGAAUUGUUAUCUCUCGCGCAAUUCGGUCUUGGGAUAGCAUCUGCCUAUCAGGCGUACCAUCUUGCUAGCUUCAUCACGCUUCCCCAACAGAAGCGAUGGUUGAUCGGAUCAUGGCUCCUUAUGGAAGCGAUUUGUGAUGUCACACUCGCCGCUUCGAUGACCAUCCUGUUGCGUCGGCAGAGAACCGGUUUUAGGCAAACUGACAACAUGUUGAACAAGUUGAUUGUUUAUUCAAUUAACACCGGAACGAUCACAAGUGUCAUCGCUAUUAUCAUUUGUGUCACCUUCGCAAUCAAUGGCUUUGGUUCCGACGUCCUCGUGUUGGGGAUACCAUUCAGCGCUGUAUACAACUGCACUAUGCUCGCCAACCUGCACUAUAGAACACAACUCCGUCAACGUUUGGGUCCCGUUAGCAUGGGCAACACUAGUGCUAGGUCGAACUUGGUGGGUGUCAAAGUUACUGUCGACAAGACUGUAGAGCCACCUCCGUCGACAUUGAUACCUUUGAAACAACUACGACGAGAAAGAAAUGCAGUCAUGCCUAGAGAGGACACCCAUCCCGCAGUGGAUGGAGGAACAAUUCCAUAUAGCUCAUUCCCCACAGUGUUCACUGUCACAGACUGAUUUUUCGAGGCUGCCUUGAAAUUGGCUAGAUUGUAACAUCACCACUCGUCGCCCUUCCAUGUCUACUUAAAUUAUUUUGGUGCCCCUUUCCAUCCACCGCACCACAUUUAUACACCAUGUGUAGUUGGGGCCGACCCCAUGCCUCUGGUUAGCGAUUGGCAGGUUUGACUAGCCACAAUGCACUGGUCGCUUAUGUACCCAAAAGCUGACCCGAACGUGCAUGAGCCUGACAUGCUGACAUGGUGUCGGAAAACUGGGAAUUUUGUUAUAAUGCAUUGCGGAAUUUUGCUGGGUGUUACAAGGUGCUAUGGGAUUUUUGCUGGGCGAGGGCGUUACAGAAUUUUUCUGGGUGUUGCAAUAACUUGAUGUAAACAAUGAUAUAUACAUGUAUCCGAG